UCCAAGUCUCUGCCUCUCCUUAAAGCUCGGAGAGGAGGGCCGGUCCCUGGGUCUGUGCACUCUGAGGUUCUCGGGUGAAAGCCACCAUGAGCAAACGGAAAGCGCCACAGGAGACUCUCAACGGGGGAAUCACCGACAUGCUCACAGAACUCGCAAACUUUGAGAAGAACGUGAACCAGGCCAUCCACAAAUACAAUGCUUACAGAAAAGCAGCAUCUGUGAUAGCAAAGUACCCACACAAAAUAAAGAGUGGAGCAGAAGCUAAGAAAUUGCCUGGAGUAGGAACAAAAAUUGCUGAAAAGAUUGAUGAAUUUUUAGCAACUGGAAAAUUGCGUAAACUGGAAAAGAUUCGGCAGGAUGAUACGAGUUCAUCUAUCAAUUUCCUGACUCGAGUUACUGGCAUUGGUCCAUCUGCUGCAAGGAAGUUUGUCGAUGAAGGAAUUAAAACAUUAGAAGAUCUCAGAAAAAAUGAAGAUAAAUUGAACCAUCAUCAGCGAAUUGGACUAAAAUAUUUUGAGGACUUUGAGAAAAGAAUUCCUCGUGAAGAGAUGUUACAAAUGCAAGACGUUGUACUAAAUGAAGUUAAAAAAGUGGAUUCUGAAUACAUUGCUACAGUAUGUGGCAGUUUCAGGAGAGGUGCCGAGUCCAGUGGUGACAUGGAUGUUCUUUUGACCCACCCAAGUUUUACCUCUGAAUCAAAUAAACAGCCAAAGUUGUUACAUCGUGUUGUGGAGCAGUUACAAAAGGUCUGUUUUAUUACAGAUACUCUGUCUAAAGGUGAAACAAAAUUCAUGGGUGUUUGCCAGCUUCCCAGUAAAAAUGAUGGAAAGGAAUAUCCACACAGAAGAAUUGAUAUCAGGUUGAUUCCCAAGGAUCAGUAUUACUGUGGCGUUCUGUAUUUCACUGGGAGCGAUAUUUUCAAUAAGAACAUGAGAGCUCAUGCCCUAGAAAAGGGCUUCACCAUCAAUGAGUACUCGAUCCGUCCUUUAGGAGUCACCGGAGUUGCUGGAGAACCCCUGCCGGUGGAUAGUGAGAAAGAUAUAUUUGACUACAUCCAGUGGAAAUACCGAGAACCCAAGGACCGAAGUGAAUGAGGCCUCCCCUUCCUCCCAGGCACAGCCCAACAGGAGUCUUAAUUUAUUUCUUACCCUUUGCAAUGUGAGGGUCUUUGGUGUUUUUAAAUGAUUGUUUCUUCUUCAUGCUUGAGUCUGCACCGUAGUCAAUAAAACCUCUUGUACUGUUA